GCAGAGUUUUGUCUUCUCACUGUCAUGGCCUAUGACCGCUACGGGGCCAUCUGCAAACCCCUGCACUACGGGACCCUCCUGGGCAGCAGAGCUUGUAUCCUCAUGGCAUCAGCUGCCUGGGCCAGUGGGUUUCUCAAUGCCAAGGCCAAUACAUUUUUAGUCCCCCUCUGCAAGGCAAAUUCUUUGGACCAGUUCUUCUGUGAAAUCCCCCAGAUCCUCAAGCUCUCCUGCUCACACUCCUACCUCAGGGAAGGUGGGUAUAUUAUGGGCAGUGCUUGUUGUUUUGGGUGUUUUGUGUGCAUUCUGCUGUCCUAUGUGCAGAUCUUCAGGGCCGUGCUGAGGAUCCCCUCUGAGCAGGGACAGCAUAAAGCCUUUUCCAUGUGCCUCCCUCACCUGGCUGUGGUCUCUCUGUUUGUCAGCACUGGCAUCUUUGCCUACAUGAAGCCUCCCUCCAUCUCCUUUUCAGUUCUAAAUCUGGUGUUGCCAUUUCUGUACUCGGUGGUGCCUUUUGCAGUGAACCCUCUCAUCUACAGCAUGAGGAACCAGGAGCUCAAGAAUGCAGUGAAAAGACUUUUGAAUGGACCUUGUUAA